ACUGUAAAUCCCUUGUCUGCCAUUACUGAAUUUCCAUUCUCAAAUUUUUUAUCUAAAAUGCCACUGUGUAGAACAAUUUUCCUGUCUGAAAUGUGUCCAGUGUAAACCUGGCUCACAAAUGACAGUGCCCCACCUGGGGUUAUUCCAACAAGGGCUUUCAGAGUGGUGUUAUUUUUAUAGGUACUAAAAAGUUCACUAUUUAAACAAAGGCUGCAAGGCAUUUGGCAUUUAACCUUGGUGCAGUCUAUUGUUAUUCUAGUCAAGGGAUACCGGUAUUUUUCUUUAAACUGCUCUGGCAUGUGUUUGUUUACCUUUUCUCUAGAGGGCCACAUGGGUACAUCCUUAAGCCUUAAAUAUAAAAGGUUGACCCUGGUUAUUAUUAUCCUGCUUAUUGUAGUUAGAGAUAUUCCAUAGAGAUGAGCAAGAUGUUCCUCUGCGAAACCUUGUCUUAAUCUACACAAAGUAAUAAAAAGUUCCUCCUUAGGAUGCAGUAACCUUGGUCUUCCAGGCUUUGGAAAUGUUUCUGUGUAUUCAUCAUUUUCACUAAGAACAGUUCUAUCCUGGCCUGUAGAUGAUGAGUGCCAAUAACGAAUAUUUUCGCCAUUCUCACCAGGGUCACAUAAAUUGUAUAACGCAUCAAAUAUUUCGUAAAACCCCUUAGACUUACAAUUUCUAAACAGAUCUAAGGGAAAAGAUUUCUUCUCCAAGUCAUUGUACCGGGACGUCAAGUUGACAAGUUGUUGUUUUACUUCACUCAGCUCUAUCACCAGGCCAUUUGUUUUCUCCUUUUGUUCUUCAAGUUUAUUAAUCAAGUCCACUACUUGUCUUUUCAUUUAAUUCACAUGCUUUCUUCUUGCGAAGUUCUAGACUCUUGAAAAGUACAAUCGACCGCUAGGACUUCGUACGCCUUGUCAACAUUCAAGCUAGUGUUACAUGUAUUUACUUCGAGCUUUUCGUCGGCAACCUUGUCAACAUUUAAGCUUGUACUAUUUACCUCGAGCUCUUCGUUGGCAACUUGAGGCCCCGCUUUAGAGAAUACAUACCGGGGUUUUGGUGGUUUUCGCUUCUUAGGAGAAUCUUUCUUCCACGAAAAAAUGGAAGAAACAGCGGUAGGAUGAAGUGUUCUUCUGCCAGCAAGUGUGCUCUGAAAAUCUGAAUCCUUGAAGUGUCUCGAGCAAACCCUCGUGUGCCAAAAUAUCCUGAAGUGGCGACCAACAUCUCUUCGAACAGCUCGAAUCCAUGCAGCUAAUAGGUCUUUAUUUUUUGGAAAUUAGUGGAAAGAUAUCUUCCAGUCUUCCUCCCGAUAGACCUUUUUCGUGCAAUUCGGAACACAGCAGUUUUACGGCAUUUUGUUUACAGAACAAACACAAUUGGCCCUUAUGACCUCGUUUUCGUGCAACUCGCCCCAGCUUUUAACGGUUGGCGGCCAUUUUGGAAUAAGGUGUAUUGGGUGACUUAGAGAAAUUGACCCUGCUUUCAACACAGUCACGUAACCUUUCGUAGCCAUAUCAGAGGCCAAUUGCUGUUGAAUCAUAUAAUCGCAUUGCUUACACAACGGGAAUGGAAAGUUUGCCUGUAUUCCAAGUGAAAGUAAACGAGUGGACAUCGGAGAAGUAUUUUGAUGUUUUAGGCAUGAAAAUUCCAGUAUUUUUUACUCCUAACCCUACGUUACUGUCCGACGUCAUCUCCAAUUUCCAAACGAGAGCUGAAGAUGUGUUCGUGGUUACCUACCCCAAGUCAGGUUUGUGAAAAUAUAAAAAAAGGUUUAACUUUCAAACUGUGCCAAAACGCUUGGUCAUUGCGAACCAGAUACUUCCCCUGAAGUUUUAUCGUUUCUUCGUUGACCCCGUGUGAUCGCAUCGUUGUUAUAACCUAAAAGUGGAAGAAAAACUUGCCGCCUAAAUAAAAAAGCGAUUUUCGACCAAAGGAUGCGUUAUUCACGCUUUAUUUGCAGUCUUGUUUUAUUUACAGUUUUCGUUGCUUGACUUGCGACUCCAAUGACAACAUUUUAUCCACAAGCUGGGACAAAAGCAUAUUAUAUUAAAGUACGGAUAUAACGCGCGCUGUCAUUGGUUGAAAGAGCGUGCUCAAUGAGAGUAUAGAGCAUAGAACUGAGUUAAAGCUGUCACGCCAUCUGCCAAAUUGUACCAUGUUCGACCUUUUCCGGGACUUCUUUUUAGCUUUUUUCCGAUAAUUGAAAGUGAAAUUUCGGAACAAGCGAGCCGGCAAGUAGUAACAGAAGAACCAAAGAAAGGUUUGUAAACAUACCAGGCGCCGUUAUUUACGUUAUUAAAACGUGGGAAGAUACGAAAAUCCUCAAAGGAAAAACAAAAUAGACAUUCCGAGUUUUAAAGAUUUUCACGCUCAGUUGGAUAGCAAGCUUACGUACGGUAAUGAAAAUCAAACACAGCCAACACUCGUAUAGUAUAUAAAGUUCAGAGUUCAAAAACAAAACAGAACAAAACAGAAAUGAUGAAAAAUAUAAUCAAACUGGCAUAAUUGUUAAAAUUCAUACUAAUCAUGACGGUGUCUGAGCAAAUAUGAUCAUGCUGAAGUCCAUCGCGGCUCACUUAUCCUGCCGCCCUUCGAGUGAAAAAUAAGAGCUCGCUCUGAUAUCCUUUCCAAUGUGUUGAGUGGAAAGUCACUUCAGUCACUGCAGCCGAGUUUUGCGGCGCUGUCAUCCCGAGCGAUCUUCAUGUUCCGGUGAAUUCGGCUGUCGUUCAUUUAAAAAACACUCGCCUUGAACAGUUUGUUUCUACCUUGUCAUGUGAAAAAACCCGCGUGUUUUUAUGAGCCAUAAUUCGGCUGAAGUUCACUGAACAUUUCACUUCAAGAUUCUGAAUUAAAAACUUCAGGCAAAAGCGUUAAAUUCGACCUGCCGAAUUAUUUUAGUUUGUAAACUAUCGCAGAGUGUGAACUUUGAUGGUUUUGAUCGUGAACCAAGCGGAAUACUAAUUCUAAGUUUGAAAAGGUUAGAAACAAGAGCAGAAGGGAUAAACCAAUAAUUGCAUAAAAAAACUUAGGCAAAUGCAAGGGCAAAAAACAAAGUUUAUUUACAAAGAAACCCCGGGUGAACGCACCUUUGCGUCUAGUCAUGAUACAAACCUUACUGCUUUUCAAAUGCAGAUUACUUUGUUAUCAUGCUAACUGAAUACUGGUCUCUGCCUGCAUAAAAAUGCAAGAAUUGAAUGAUGAAUACCUGAGAGCCUUCAUCAGACGAUGAGUCAUCACUAUCUUCUCCACUGUGGUCAACGCUUGAGCAACUCGCAGUGCUAAAAUAAGAAUACUUCUGGUUACGUACAAAACUAUCGGUAAAGUGCUAAAAAGAAAUUUUCAUACCAAUGUAACGUAAAUUCUGUGUUCUUUAACGUGCCAAAUACAAUCAAGCUUGAAAACAACAUGAGAGACUGAUUCAUGUCGGAUUUCUUAAUGCAGGAUGUACUAAUUUAUUUCAGAUGCCAUGAUCUAUGACUGCUUAGUUUAAAUGACAAAACAUCACUUAUAGAAGAAAAUCUUCUUUCGGCCUCUUUUCUUUCAGUUACAGCUAGCUUUUUCAAAAUGUGCUGAGCAGCAAGGUCGCCUCCAGCCUCACUCCAAUAGGCCUAUACGGCGUCAUAUCACAAUUGCUUUAUUUCCUUUAAUACACCUUUUGCUGUUUAUUACGAGAAAAUACGCAUUCAUUUGCGUCAAGGGGCGAACAAUUGCGUGGAAAUACAAUCAUUAGAGUCAAAAAACCAUCAUUUGCACGUAAAUCAGAUUCAUUAACGAUUUUUGCAUUUUAAUCAACAUUCAAGAACAAUUUUAGGCAUUCUUAGGCGUCAUUGGUCAAACAAAAGAGAAAAAUAUACUUUCAUUUGCCCUUUCAUUCAAGUCAUUUACACCAUCUUGAAAGUCAACAGAGACAAUACAUAAUCAAUAUAGUGCAUAAACCAUUCUUUAACAUUUUUAUCACACUGUUUGCAAUUCAAUAGCAUUCCUGGACGGCAUAAGUAUGAAUAAGACAAUCAUUUAUGCGCUUUUACAACCAAUAAGCGUUUUUUAUUUUCAAUAUUCAAACAUCGAAUUCCAAUUGAAAAAUACCUAUUCCAAAAUUAUCUCUCUAUUCAAACAUUUUGGCAGAUAGGUCUGCAUAGAGCGGUACCAUUGCGCACUUUUAGCCGCGGUCACAGUGUCGAUGUUUCUGUGCAGAGCCUCAAGCAGUUGUGUUCGAAACUACCCCAGUGGGAUUCCUCUGGCUCUGGCCUCAUCUCAGUUAUCCAUGCGUUUUGAGUUUCCGAACGCGAGAUGUUAGCCUUGAUCGCCGCUUUCAGACAGCUUAUUACCUGCUCCACGAUGUUUGGGAAAGGACUGUGGGGAGGAAGCAUUUUAAGCUCUGUGUUUGGGGCGGGAAUGACCGGGUUUUGGUGGGCCGGUGCUCCGUCAUACACAAAGAUCACCUCCUCGUCGGGAUCUAGAUUUGUCCUCGCCUGUGCCAGGAAGUUAUCAAAACGCGCAGCAUUGAUUCUGCUAAGAGCUGCUGAGGAAAACACAAGUCCAUUGAUCGGCGAAAUUGCCAUUGUCAUAGUCAAGUUUCGUCCUCGUCGCAUACUUGACGGUACGCCCUCUCUCCCUGCCGCACUCUAUAGUGGCUUCUGGCCGUCCAAAUGUUGUAGCCGCAUUCGUCGACAAACACACAGUGGCGCACUACGGCAUGGUUCAUAAACCAGGAAGCGUAAUCCACUCGCUUGUUCAUCACACCAGGUCUGUUCCUGUCCGCAGGGAGGGGCCUUGCAAGUUUCAAUCGGAAAAGCAUCCCGUCUGAUGUCCUUGCCACGGUGCGUUCAUGGAUCUUAGGUUUUAGUGGUAGCCGACUCCUCAGUCCACUGUUUAUCCGAGCAAGUGUGAGUAAACAGUUUUCGUUUAUGAUUUCCUCUCGGCAAUCUCUCAUCUCUUCGUCCACGCGCACGUUGUUUCAACCUCCUCGUGGUCUUUCCUGGAUCCUGCCCUCUCUGAUGUAGCACGCCACAAUGCCUCUUGCCGUUGAGCGGUUCACUCCGAGCGUGUCCGCGACCACAAGAUAAUCUUCCUCCUCGUCCUCAAAUCCUCUUACGAUUCUCUCUCUGUGUUCGAGUGAUAUUCGAUUUCUUCGUGGCAUUUUGCCUGCGUUCGAAAACCUUUACAAAGCGAAUGAAGGGGACGAAAUUUACUGAAUGCAAGUUCUGGCAAAAUCGGUGUUCAGUUGAAAAUCACUUCUUGCAUAUCGAAUAUAAAAAACACCGAAUUGUUUGUACGAGUGCAUUAUUGAUUGUCUUUCUCAUACUAAUGCCGUCCAGGAAUGCUAUUGAAUUGUAAACAGUUAUAAAAAUGUUAAUGAAUGGUUUAUGCACGAUAUUGAUUAUGUAUUGUCUCUAUUGAAUUUCAAGAUGGUGUAAAUGACUUGAAUGUUAACGCAAAUGAAAGUAUAUUUUUCUCUUUUGUUUGACGAAUGGCGCAUAAGAAUGCCCAAAAUUAUUAUUGAAUGCUGAUUACAAUGCAAAAAUCGUUAUUGAAUCUGAUUUACGCGCAAAUAAUCGUUUUUACCGUUAGUGAAUGUAUUUGCACGCAAUUGUUCGCCUUUUCACGCAAAUGAAUGCGUAUUUUCUCGUAAUGAACAGCAAAAGGUGUAGUUGAAGAUCAUAUAUUAUGGUUCGUCAACAUAAAAUUAUAUAUUUUUGACGCUUCAUCCUGAUCUGCCGAAGGCGAGAGGUCAAAGUUUUCAUUGUUUGUCUGCGUCACGAAGUCUUCCUUCAUUCACAGAAGUUUGGCCUUUAGAUGUUUAACUGGAAUUUUGUAUGUUUUUGCUGUAUCGCACUGAGCCCUCCACUAGAAAAGUUGAAGUAGUAGAUUGUAAUUUUUUUACGGUUCCGCUGAUUUUAGCUAUUACAGCCAACCGCAUAUUUUAUACUGUCACAGAGCGGUUUGUUGUUAUCCUACAGAGGGCUUCAAGCUGAUUUGAAAGAAAAUGAUCUUUGAAAACCAAAUUCCUCUCGUGAAACUUAUGAGCACGUACAUCACAUGAAAACCAGUACGGUAGCCGUUCACGAAUAUACAUGCCUGAGGCAUGUAUGCGAGCAUGCCUGAGGCAUGCUCGCUCUCCAUCCCAUCUUUCAAUUACCUAAACAAAAACUACGGACCGAGACACAGGGGUGAAUAAUCAGUGACGACGCUUCGUCGGUCUAUUUUAUACUGGGACCUUCUCAAAGUCUCUUGCGUCUAAAUAAAAUCAGUUCUCUUGCAAUCGCAGACGAAUGAACGUUAUUUUUGAAGAUAGGAUGUAAAGAUAUAACACAUGGGUUCCUAAACUAUGGAUUGUUAAUAUAUACAAUGUAUUUGUUGUUGUUGAUGUUUUGUGUUCUUUUUUCAGUACUGUUUCUAACUCUUUGUAGGAUAUAAUGCACUUGUGGGUGGAUCUGUCAUAAUUUACCCCAUUUAUAACAAAUUCACACAAUGAUCAAAUGGAAAAUCGGAGUAAAGUUGGCUACGGCAAGUCAGUAAAAUACCUUCCACUAAAAUGAUGAAUUUCACAGAAUUUACCCCUUUUAAAAUUCUCAAACUUCGAGCGAGGAAAUCUUUACAAUCUUCUUACACUUUUGCAUUACUUCUUUCCCCUAGCUGGGAAGUGAUAUGCAGAAGACACGAUCACAACGCUCUUUGAUUGGAAAAAAUAAAACUACAUUCUGUUGAUUUUUAGGUGUGAUGACAUAACUACAACGGAAGGCACAACUACAACACCACACGGGUCUACCUUAUUACAAUUUUUGCAAAUGGCGCGGAAAAAACUGGAUCGUUGUCCGAUUUUUAAAGAGCUAGACUGAUUACGAGCGUGUGAUUAGCCAAUCAGAUUCGAGGAUUCAAGAUUCCGACCCCUCUUCGGUUGCUUCAGAACAAAAUAAAAUGAGUAUCACCGAACUGUUAAGGAAAUUGCAGAGGGUUCCAGCAGUAAAUAAGAAUCCUACCUUAGCGAAUUGGUCGAACUGAUAUAAAUUCGUGCAGUUUGGGUCACUUAAUUUUUUGAGAAGACUUGCCUAAUUAAUUAAUUAGUUAAUUAAUCAGUAAAUCAAUAAAUCAGAUCAACAACGAACGCAAAUUUUCAAAAUUGCCGGUUUUUUCUUCAGGGACAACUUGGAUGCAAGAGAUUAUCUGGCAAAUCUAUAACAACGGGGAGAACACAAGUAAAAAUAUUUUUGAACGAGUUCCCUUCCUAGAAUUUUCAACAAGUCCCAUAUUGGGAGAGUUUGCGGACAUCGCCAAGGUUCCCAGCCCUCGCCUUAUGAAGUCCCACCUUUCUUACAGCAUCAUUCCUAAAGGUUCAAGCGACGGCGCCAAAUGUAAAUAUAUUUACAUUGCCCGUAAUCCAAAGGAUGUUGCAGUUUCAUAUUUCCAUUUCACGGUGAGCCUGAGGUCAUUUGGAAAUGGCUACAAUGGGCCAUGGGAAUUUUUUUCCAAGUUGUUCAUCGACGGAAAUGGUAAGAUUUAUCAGGUCCGUCACUUUUUAUCGCCUUGGUGGUGGGGGGAGGUUGGGGGCGAAGAUUUGGGGGGAUCACAUGGUUUUCAGAGGGAACAGAGGGGGGAUAAGUCGUCGCCAAAAUAGUAUAAAAGUGGGGCCUAGAGAAGUUUGACUGCUAACUAAUUGCCAAUGAGAGGGGUGGGGGAUGAUAAGGAUAUAACCUCGCCGUAUGGGCAGAUCAAUUUUAAUGACACAACCAAAAUCCUGCAAACCCCCGCCCCCCCCUCCCAAUAUCCCUACGAUAAAUCGAUAAAUAAUGACCAGGCCCCAAUUAACUACAUGGUGGCUAUCAUGGAGAAGUUAGAAACGAAUUUUCUUGACCUGAUUUUUUCCCAUGUACAAGGGAGGUAUAGUUGAGUGGAACGAAGAUUAAACACUCUCCAUCCUCAACUGGUCUCCAAGAUUGUUAUUUAAGACAAUACUUCUGGAGCUUGUUGGUGCACUUUGUUAGAACUUAACGUAAACUGAUAGAUUAAAACAUCACACUUUCUUUCGCCUCAACAAAUCAGGCUCGUUCUUAUAGUGUUGUAUUGCAUAUCAUUAACAGUUGGUUGGAACAAAUGGAAUGACCAUGUUCAGGGCUGGUGGAAGCACAAAGAUGAUCCCAACGUCUUGUUUCUAAAAUAUGAAGAUCUCAAAAAGGUUUGUUAGUAAAACAAAAAGUGAAGCAAGUAAAUUAGAUGUUGCCGUGAGGCUGUUCAGAAAUAGAUCAUAGAAGACUUCAAAAUGCCGACGGGUGCGUAAAUACCAUACGGACGUACACCUUUUGCUGUUCAUUUACGCAAAAUGUAUAUUCAUUAACGACAGCAGUUGAAACUAUGCGGCAAACUACAUUCAUUAGCACUUCCAUGAACUUCAUUAGCGCGAACGAACUUUCAACAACGCUAUUUGCAUAUGUAUUAACAUUCAAUGGCAUCAACGGAUGAACAAUUACACCUUUGGACAAUCAAACAUAACAAAUAUACUUUCAAUCUCGCGCAGUGGUUGAUCAUUAACACUGCUAGAAAAUCAAUUGCCAGUAUGACAAUCAAUUGCAUCUAAGAGACAUACAAUAAUACAAUAUGCCUAGAGACGCACAAUCAAUUGUACCUUUAUACAAUCGUUUAUUCAAAAUUGUCAAUCAUUAACGUUAACUGAUAAACUUGGUGUUUUUCGAAUAAACAAUAGGAAGAAAAAAUAUUCAUAAGUAUCAUUCAUCGUAGUUACAUUAUUUUAAAAUACUGAACAAAAAUACAAGAGUAUGUACAUUAUCAUUCACCUUAUUUUUUUUUUGCACAAUAUUUUGCUGAAGCAGAUAAAAAAUGAAGAACAUUUUACAUGUACAGUACGCUGUAAGAAACAGUGUACGCUGUAUGAACAAGCUUAAGUAGAAGCGUUGGAGACGCAAAUAACCGAAGAAAAUCAUGCCACCAAGAAACAGAAUCCUACUUGAACAGCGACUAAGAAUUGUACAAGCCUCUGAAGAUGUUAAUGAAGAUUAUUUGACGGUUGCCGCUAGUAUCUGAGUGAACCGAUCAACGGCAAGUAGCGUUGUCCGAUAGUUGCGAGAGGGAAGGAUCGCGGAGAGACCACGAGGGGGAGCAAAUCAUGUUCGAGUAGAUGAUGAAAUGAGGAAUUGCCUGAAUGACAUUUUGAACCAAAAUUGCCUGCUAACACUAGCACAGAUAAAUCAAGAAUUGAGAAAGCGUCUUCCAAGAAAACCAACAAUCCAUGACCGUGCAGUAGCAAGGACACUUGAAGGUAUGUUGUAUCGUGUAAAAUUGGCAAGGGCACUCCGAGUUGAACGAAACCGCCCUGAUGUCCUGCAAAAAAGAGUCGACUAUGCCCACUGGUUCAUGCGCCAUGCUGUAGUGAAUCAAAGUAUAUUUGUAGACGAGUGUGGGUACAAUAUUUGGACGGCAAGAAGUCACGGACGAGCAAGGAUGGGAGAGAGGGCAUAUCGACAAGUAUGUGGUCAGCGAGGGAGAAAUGUUACUGUAGCACUGGCAAUUUCACCCACCAAUGGACUCAUUUUUCACUCGGCAUUUCUCGGUGGAAUGAAUGGACAAAGAUUUAAUGAUUUUCUGUCACAGGCAAGUCUAAAUCUCGACCCAAAUGAACAUGUGAUUUUCAUUUAUGACGGUGCAUCAGCCCACAACAAUCCUGCCAUUCCUGGUCCUAAUUCUGAGCUGAAAAAGCUACCACCAUACGGCCCGUUUCUUAACAUUAUAGAGCAAGCAAUAAGUGCCUUAAAAGCAGCCAUAAAAGUGGACAUAAGUCGUCCAGAGCAGCAAGAACAGAUGAACAACAGAGCUGAGGCAAGACGACAAGGAAUCGCGCUAGGCAACUUCCGACUCAAUUGCUACACUUCAGGCCCUGCAGAGAAACAUAGGCACUAUCACGGCUGUUAAAUAUGGACAGUGGUACAGAUUUAUGCAAACGUACAUUCCAAGAUGUUUAAUUAAUGAAGAAAUUGAAGGAUAAUUACAAAACAUUACAUUACAAUGCACUGUAAUAGAACACUUUUGAAAUUUCUUUUUCCUUAGUUGAUUGUUAUUACUACACACGUUUUUCUGUUCACGUUAAUGAUUGACCAUUUUGAAUAAACGAUUGUAUGAAGGUGCAAUUGAGUGUGCGUCUCUAUGAAAAUCGUAUUAUUGUAUGUCUCUAAUACGCAAUUGACUGUCAUACUAUGCAACUGAUUUUCUAUUAGUGUUAAUGAUCAACCACUGCGCGAGAUUGAAAGUAUAUUUGUUAUGUUUGAUUGUCCAAAGGUGCAAUUGUUCAUCCGUUGAUGCCAUUGAAUGUUAAUACAUUUGCAAAUAGCGUUGUUGAAAGUUCGUUCGCGUUAAUGAAGUUCAUGGAAGUGCUAAUGAAUGUAUACUUGCCGUAUAGUUUCAACUGUUGACGUAAAUGAAUGUACAUUUUGCGUAAAUGAACAGCAAAAGGUGUAAUAAACAGCCCUGAGAACAGAUUUUAAAUCAUAAUGUAUAUUUUAUUCAGGAUCUACCUUCACAAGUUCGAUUGACUGCCAACUUCCUUAACAAGCCGCUCUCGGAGGAUAUCAUUAAUCGUAUUGCUGAACAGUGCAGUUUCAAUGGGAUGACAAAAGAUUUAUCGAGGUACACGGUGCGCUUCAAUGAAGGCCAAACCUCGAUUCUUCGGAAGGGCGUGGUCGGAGACUGGAAGAAUUAUUUUACUCCAGAGUUGAAUGAGAGAUUUGAGAAGGAGGUGUUGUCAAAAAUAGAAGGAACUGGAUUGGAGUUUGAUUUUGAGUUAUAAUUGGAUUUUCAUAGGUAAUCUCUACGUAGUGGAUGUUCGGUUGUAAGACGCUACGUAAAUUUAACGACUGAGACAAAGAAGGAAAUAAAAAUAUGUUUACUCCGUAAGGUCACGUGACUUGGUAUCAGUCUUUUAAAUCCUAGUAUCGCACGAAAACUCACUUUAAGCCCGGGAUUUCAAUCAAUAAGGAUUA